AUGGCGAAACACAACUCUUGCCAACGGCAGCAACAACAGGGCAUCUGGAACGGAACCCACGACUUGAAUAAGAAACGAGGGUUUCUCUUUUGGUUUGUACAGAACCUUUUCCCCCUCCUCGGGAGCUUCACCGCUCGCCCCUUGCUACCGAGCACGAUCCCCUACCCUCUCACUCCUAUCCUCCCCUCUCUCUGCCUCUCGCUGCUCUUCGUCGCCUCCACCGCGUAUACAGAAUCUAUCACCCUUUCCCGCUAUCCGGUAGCGUACAAGGCUUAUCAGGCGCGGGUGGGCAAGUUCAGCCCGGGGCAUGCGGUCAUGAAGUAG